AUGCCACCCCGAUGUCCCCUCUCCACAGGCGGGUACCUGGCCCACAGCCUGGCCAUCCUGACAGACGCAGCCCACCUCCUGACAGACUUCGCCAGCAUCAUGAUCAGCCUCUUUGCUCUCUGGGUGUCCUCACGCCCCCCCACCAAAACCAUGAACUUCGGCUGGCAUCGGGCAGAGAUCCUGGGGGCCCUGCUCUCCGUGCUCUCCAUCUGGGUGGUGACGGGUGUCCUCGUCUAUCUGGCGGCCCAGCGUUUGCUCUCGGACAACUACGACAUCGAAGGCAACGUCAUGCUCAUCACCUCCGCCUGCGCCGUGGCCGUCAACAUCGUGAUGGGGGUGGCUCUGCACCAGACAGGCCACGGGCACAGCCACGGGGCAGCCAGCGAGCAGCCCAACGCCAGCGUCCGUGCUGCCUUCGUCCACGUCGUGGGGGAUCUGCUGCAGAGCGUUGGCGUCCUCAUCGCAUCCUACAUCAUCUUUUUUAAGCCCGAGUACAAGUACGUGGAUCCCAUCUGCACCUUCCUCUUCUCCGCACUGGUUCUGGGGACGACGCUGACCAUCCUCCGCGACGUCCUCCUCGUCCUCAUGGAGGGUACCCCCAAAGGGAUGGACUUCAACGCCGUGCGGGAGACGCUGCUGGCGGUGGCAGGGGUGGAGGCCGUGCACAGCCUCCACAUCUGGGCGCUAACGGCCGCGCAGCCGCUGCUCUCGGUGCACAUCGCCAUCAACGCGGGCGCCAGCGCGCAGGAGGUGCUGGAGGAGGCCAGCUCCCGGCUGCAGGGCACCUUCCGCUUCCACACCACCACCAUCCAGGUGGAGAGCUACUCCGAAGAGAUGCGGGACUGCCGGGAGUGCCAGCCCCCUCGCGACUGAGCGCCCACCCCGGCAGCCCCCUCGUGUUCUGAGAGGGACUUCUCAUGCGUGGAAAAUAAAGUGGAACAAAGGGCUGGGUGUGCUCAGUGGGGGAUGUUGGGUCUGGCGGCGCCGGGCGUUAUCUCAGGUGUCUGCUCGGAGUGAAGCCAUCAAGGACGGACCCACGGCUGCGGCGGCCGGAGGAGAGCAGCUGUUGGAGGCCAGCAGCCUUAAUUUUCCCUAUUUCUAGCCAGCUGGUGGGGAAAUGAAACUGAAACAACUCUUUCCCCUUCUAUGGGGAGCGCUGCGAGGCAGUGGGGUGCUGGGGUGGCCUGGGGCUGUGGGGGGACCCAUCCCAGCCUGGGGGGAGGGAGGACACGCCUCGCUCUCGGUUCUUAUCGCUUCUCUGUUUGCCCUUGGGAAGCCAAAGGACUCGCCCUUUC